AUGGCUCAAAGAAAUCGGAGUGUGGAAACAACCUUUGCCCUUUUAGGUUUUACAGAUUAUCCUGAGCUUCAGAUUCCUCUAUUCCUCGUGUUUCUGAUUAUGUACAUUAUCACUGUGGUAGGAAAUCUUGGGAUGAUAGUAAUUAUCAAGAUUAACCCCAAAUUGCACACCCCUAUGUAUUUUUUCCUUAGUCACCUUUCUUUUGUUGAUUUUUGUUAUUCCUCCAUUGUGACUCCAAAGCUGCUUGAAAACUUGGUCAUGGAAGAUAAAAGCAUCUUUUACUUCAGCUGCAUGCUGCAAUACUUCCUGUCCUGCACAGCUGUGGUGACUGAGUCUUUCUUGCUGGCAGUGAUGGCUUAUGACCGCUUUGUAGCCAUCUGCAACCCUCUGCUGUAUACAGUGGCCAUGUCACAAACUCUCUGUGCCUUGCUAGUGGCAGGUUCUUAUCUCUGGGGGAUGUUUGGCCCCUUGGUACUCCUCUGCUAUGCACUGUUUCUAGACUUCUCUGGACAUAAUAUCAUCAAUCACUUUUUCUGUGAGUACACUGCUCUCAUUGCUGUCUCCACCUCCGAUAUUCGCAUUCCUCACCUUCUGCUUUUUGGGUUUGCCACUUUUAAUGAGGUCAGCACACUCCUAAUCAUCCUCACGUCCUAUGUUUUUAUUUUUGUGACUGUAUUUAAAAUUCGAUCUGCCAGUGGACGUCGCAAAGCCUUCUCCACCUGUGCCUCCCAUCUGACUGCCAUCACCAUCUUUCAUGGGACCAUCCUUUCCCUCUACUGUGUCCCCAACUCCAAAAACUCCCGGCAGACAGUCAAAGUGGCUUCUGUGUUCUACACAGUAGUCAACCCCAUGCUGAACCCGCUCAUCUACAGCCUGAGGAACAAAGAUGUAAAGGACGCCUUCCAGAAAUUAAUAGACAAAAGAGUCCAAUCCCACUGA